CGGUGUAGAAGAGACAACCGGAAGUUGAUACAUAAAAGGCAUCCAUGAUAAAAGGGCGCCUUUCUUCAAAACAACGACACGAGAUACUGAAUUACAUCUUUUGUCACAAUGCCUCUGUCAACCCAGUCGCAAGGCGAUGCGGAACAGUACGUUUUAGUGGCAAGUUUGGAUAAUGCUCGCAAUCUGUCCAACAUACUGAAAGCCAUCACCUUCAAAGACCAUGCCAUCUUCAGCGCCACACCCAAUGGACUGAAGGUCACUGUGGAGGACUCCAAAUGUAUGCAGGCCAAUGCCUUCAUCCAGUCUGAAAUCUUCCAGGAGUACACGAUAAAGGAAGAUUCGGUGGGUUUUCAGAUCAACCUCACUGUUCUGCUGGACUGCCUCAAUAUCUUUGGAGGAAGCACAGCUCCAGGAGUAUCAACAGCCCUGCGGAUGUGUUACAAGGGGUACGGUUACCCUCUGACCCUGUUCCUGGAGGAGGGGGGGGUAGUGACAGUGUGCAAGAUCAACACCCAAGAACCAGAAGAGCCAGUUGACUUUGAGUUCUGCAGCACCAACGUCACAAACAAGGUGAUCCUGCAGUCAGAGAGUCUGAAGGAAGCCUUCUCCGAGCUCGACAUGACCAGCGAGGUGCUGCAGAUCACCAUGUCCCCCAGCCAGCCAUACUUCAGGUUGUCUACAUUUGGGAACUCUGGAAAUGCCCAUUACGAUUAUCCCAAGGACUCUGACAUGAUGGAGCUGUUCAAAUGCACCAAGACACAAACCAACAGGUACAAGAUGUCUCUGCUGAAGCCCUCCACCAAAGCCCUGGCCUUGUCCUGUAAGGUCUCUGUGAGGACAGACAGCAGGGGCUUCCUCUCUCUGCAGUACCUGGUCAGGAAUGACGAUGGACAGAUCUGCUUUGUAGAAUAUUACUGUUGUCCUGACGAAGAGGUGGCGGAGGACUGAGGAAUCUCCAUUUUUAAAUGAGCAUUGCCAAGACAUUUUGGAGCAUUGCUGCUGGAUCUGGGGAAAGAUAAUGUUCCGGUUUGAUCUUGUUGGGUACCGGUUUGAUCUUGUUAGGUACCUGUGUGCAGUUAAACCACCAUCGUACAUCAUUUCAUAGACAAACCAAUUGUAUAUAGUUACUGUUUAAUAUGGAGACAGGUGUUUUGGUUCACAUAUCUCUUGCUAUGCUAUGUUAAUUGCCUUUAACUUAUUGAGCCAACAAAGUUGUUUAAUUGUGGCCACAUCUGUUCAUACAAUGUUUGUUUUCUAGAUAUUGCACCUUUUUGACACAUGCAGUGAGCUGGAUGAUGGCUAAUAAAAUAAGAUAUUCUAU